AUGGAGACGAUUGAGCAACAAAGACAUUCACUCUCUUCUUUGCCUAUGCUCUCUAGGCUUGAACACUUAGAUUUCGUUAUCAAGAAUCUAGAGAGACAACAAAACCUUUCGAAAUGGAAAGACGAAAGCGCGGCUACCACACGCGGAGUAAUCGAUAGAGGCACGGCGAUCAGAGAAGCUUAUUUCAAAGGAUCGUUACUAGAUCGAAUCGCGGCUUUGGAGACCAGACUUUUUCAGAUAUGUUUGGAGUUGGAAUCGAGCAGUGCAUCAUCUACUUCAACUGGAGGGUCUGGUGAAACAUCAAGCCAAAGGAUUAAGAAAGAUUUGACAAAGACAUUACCAAUUUUCAGUAGCAACGUUAACCCUUUUCAUGUUCCCUUACAACAUCCACAAGACCCUCGGGAGAUGGAGGAGAAGAUUGAAGAAGAGAAAGAGGAAGAGAUAAACAUAGAGAAGCCAUUACUGGAGAAGAAGGUUAAGAAGAAUCAUGCUAAUGAAACUUGCAAACCAAACAAGAAGACGAAGAAGAAGAAGACAAAAUCUCCCAAGAAAUGGUGUCGUUUUAGCUUGUUGGGCUGCUAA